AUGGAGCGGCACGCCCACAACGAGACAGGCCCCGCCGAACAGCACUUGUUCACGUGGCUCUGGUUUGGAGGACUGUCAUUCAGAACUAUCGCCAGACAAACAAGACGGAGUCCCACCACGGUGCGCAAGUGGGUGCGGCGCAUGCUGGGCAAGAACGUUUGUAAAACUAAACAUUACCGCGUUAUGUUGGUCUUGGCGGGGGUGACUCCGCUCGUGAUCCUGUGCAGCGUGGUCACCAGAGCGGGGGCGGCGGGCCUAAGCGUGGGUGAGGUGAUGCAUCCAGGUGGCGGGUGGGAGGAGCACGUUGCACACGCGGCAAGUCAGGUGGUGCAGGUCUACCUGGCUGAGUGUCACCUGGUGCUAGCCGCCCCCAGCCCCUCGCGUGCCCUGCCUCACCUCAUCAGGCGUCUCUCUGAGGUGGGCGAACUGGCAGUGUUCCUGCAGCCUUGCGGGGGCGCCAAGGUGUUCCACGGAACCACCAAAAAUAAAGUCGUUCUGGGGAAUGAUGGAGUGCCGUACUUUUGGCGAGAGGUGUGGGGCUCCAGCAAGGCCACGUGCCGCGCCUUCCUGCUUGACUACACCGCCUGCGGCACCGACACGGCCGCCAGGCUGUUGUCGUGGUCUGGGUUGUGGCUGCAGCCUGACACUCGCGUGAUCAUCCUUGGAGGCAGGGAGGACGCUGACGAGCUGUUCCGUCACGCAGCGCUUCGCAACAGUCCUGACGUUCUCUUCAUCACACAUGGCCUUUUUACGCCACACAAAGCACCGGAAACGAAAGCAAACUUAAAUAGUGAUCGCCGCACCGUGGAGGUGUACAAUCGAUGUUUUUACUGUGCGCCAGUGGAAGCCAGACCACGCUUGUUGCUGCGAUGGAACUUGCAUGACGACAUAUCUCAGGAUUUUAAAAUGUUUAAAGAUCAACACAAGGACUUUCUGGGACACAGGAUGAACAUUGUGUUGAUGCCAUACUUUCCCUACAUAAGCUACAGAGUUGAACGCAACGCUUCCGCCACCACAGUUCACCUCGAGGACUCUCUCAACACUCGCAUGGUCAAUUCCCUUGCUCCCUACAUGAACUUCACAUACGAGGUGCACGAACCUGCAGACAACCAGUGGGGAGUUCCAGGCAGCGGCGGAAACUGGACAGGCAUCGUGGGAACUCUGCAGCAUGAAUUAGCAGACUUUUCCAUGGACCUGACGCGCACACCCGGGAGAUCAGAGGUUGUCGAAUAUUCAAGGAUAUACAUCGACGAAUCCAUUGUCAUUUUGUCCUCCAAGCCAAAACCCUUGCCUGAGUACUUGUCACUGAUCAGGCCUCUUGAAGGCGAGGUGUGGGGAGCCAUCGUGGUGUGCGUGAUGGUGUGGGGAACAGUUCUGUGGGUGAUGGAGAGACUGUCCCACUGGAUAUCUGGACGGCGCUACUUAAGCUUCUCCUCAUCCAUCUUCUACGGCUGGGGGCUGCUACUGGAGGACCACCCCUUCGAGCCUCCCUCCAAUCCGACAAGCCAAAUCCUCGUUGGUUUUUGGCUGCUCGUGUAUCUGAUCCUGUCGACAGCCUACAGAAGUUCCCUCAUCUCCCAUCUGGUGGUGAAAGGCAAGUCGUCUGUCAUCAAUAACAUGGAGCAACUGGCGGAGCGGGGCAAGGAGGGCUGGGAGUGGGGCAUUCCUGCAUCCAGGAUGACAGGUGCACACAAGAUAUUUUUCGUAACGAGUCCCACUCCAGCAAUCAUUGAAGUGCACAACGGCAUCAAGAUUACGGAAACAGAAGAAGGAAUGGCGCUAGUGUUGAAGGGCGGGUUUUCAUACAUCGACAACUAUUACUUCAUCCAAACACUGGUGUCCACCUUCUACACAGACGACUCGGGCUACACCCCCGUCCACAUCAGCACCACCCAGUACCCGCUGUUCGUCGGCAACGCGUGGGCAUUCCGCCCCGGUGCACCUUUCCGUCAGCGCAUUAGCGGCGCCAUUCAGCAAUUCCUGGAUUCAGGUCUCAUCACCUUCUGGAUGAAUGAUGUGGUGAGGAGCCACGUCAGAGAAGAACGUCGAGCUUCAAAGGAGAAAGGCACACAGCCCAAGCUGACUUUUGAAGAAACAAGCGAUGGACAAGUGGCGCUGGGACUCAGUCAUCUUCAGGGUUGUUUCUAUGCAUUCUUCCUGGGCCAAGCUGCGGCCUCCCUCUCCUUCCUCUUACAAACAUAUUUCUUCAGCCGACACCACGCCAUACUGCUGGUGAGUCCCAUGGAAGACUUCUGA